AUGUCAAGUUAAGCCAUAGAGUUAAGCUAAUGUCAAAAAGUAAAUACACAAAAGGCUUUUGAUUUUUUGAAUUUAACUACACGUCAUUUCUUAAUUUCUUGCUGAUUGGAAAAUCACUAAUCACUGUUAGAAUAUUCAAUCUCACUGAACAUAUUGAUAUAACAGAUAUAGCGGGCAAAAUGUUCACCGACAAGGUUGUCCUGAUCACGGGCGCCAGUUCUGGAAUCGGUGCCGAAACUGCCGUGGAAUUUGCCAAAUUAAAUGCAUCUCUAGUAAUAACCGGAAGGAACCAUGAGAAUCUGUCCAAAAUUGCAAAACAAUGUGAAGAGAAUUCACCAGCUAAACACCAACCUCUCAUAGUUUUAGCUGAUAUGACUAAUGAAAACGAUGUCAAGAAAAUUAUAGACGAAACUAUUAAAAAGUUCCAAAAGCUUGAUGUUCUUGUGAAUAACGCUGGUGUAUUAGAAUCAGGGACAAUAGAGACAACUUCGUUGGCGCAAUAUGACAGAGUCAUGAACACGAACGUCCGUUCACCGUACCACCUCACGACGCUGGCGGUGCCAUAUCUUCUGCAAACAAAGGGGAACAUCGUGAAUGUAUCGAGCGUGACGGGCUUGCGAUCUUUUCCGAAUGUGCUUGCCUACUGCAUGUCAAAAUCUGCUUUGGACCAGUUCACAAGAUGUGUAGCUCUCGAGCUAGCACCAAAAGGUGUACGAGUUAAUGCUGUUAACCCUGGAGUGAUAACAACCGGUCUACAUAAGAAAGGAGAGGGCAGCAUGAAUGAUGAGCAGUAUGAAGCGUUUAUAAAGAAGUGCGCUGAAACUCACGCUUUGGGACGACCUGGAGACGCUAAGGAGGUAGCGUCAGUUAUUAUUUUCUUGGCUAGCGAGGGUGCAAGUAAUAUUACUGGUGCAACCUUGCCCGUUGAUGGAGGACGCCAUGCUAUGUGUCCUCGUUAAUCAUAACAGGUUAAGAGUUGCCAUAUCAACUUUCAAGUUCAAUGUGAUAUGAGAUUACAGAACUUAAAUGCAAACAUAAUUUAAGUACUAACAAGGUAUUUAAUGUAGUUGUAUCUAAAAAAAUAUUCCGAUUGUUAUUUAAGUGUAAGGUGUUGGUUGUCCAAUAAAUUAUAUUUUCACUA